AUGGCGGACACUCAUCCUCCAGCAAAGCCAACUCCACUACCGACCAGUAAUAGCCUCAGUUUUUCUGUAGAGCACUCCCUGGCAAGAUUGGAGGCAAUAUUCACCAACUUCUGGGCUAAAUUGGAGACACGAGCAGCAGCUUCAGUUUCUCAACAGGGGACUGCAGAUCAACUAGCCGAGCCAUGUGGAGUGAGUGCGCCCCCUCCGGACACCGAGGGUAAGCAAGCACCUGCUCCUCUACCCUUAUACUCACUAGAGCCCAACAACAACCAGGGCCCCACACCGCCACACCAGCGCCCGCCCACUGCUAUUCGGAGGGAGACCCAUCGCUGUAACCCAUAUGAGAAAGAUACAGGUGCGCCGAGCCAUUGGGCGCGCAAAAUGAAGGCACUGGACGCCACACGGGCCCAGCUCCGGGUGGACACCCUCUCACAAAGCCGCCCCAGCGCUCCCACCAGUAUAAUCUCUGCCUGCCUCGUAGGCCACCCAGCGAGGGGAAUUGGAUGA